UAAUGAUCUGUGUUUACAGGAGCAGAUCUCCGAUCAGUGUGUCCACAUGUUCCUGAUAAUACACAGUCAGGACUACAGCUCCUCACACACACACACACACACACACACACACACACACACACACACACUCCUCUACUCAGACAUGCAUCAGCAGCUGAAUCACACACACUAGUGAUAAUACACUGAGUUCUGUUUCACUGAACUUAAACUAAUUAUUUUUAGCAUUAGUUAUUUCUGUAAUUUAUUACUAAUAUAUAAAUAAACUAAUUUUACUAUAUAUGAUGGUUUAACACUGAAUAUGAUUAUUUCACUGUUUACUUUAAUAAGUAUUUUACAGUAAAAUCAGCUCAUUAAAGGUUUGUGCUGUGAAGCCACGCCCAUUUGAUGCCCCUCCCGCUGAUCAACCCCGCCCCUUCACUUUAAACAGCUCCUGGUGAUUACGUCACGUUUUUUCUGAGUGCGGCCUAUAAAAGCUUUCAAUUUUUCAAGUCUUUAACACACUCACUCUGAGGGGCUGAACACCAGAAAUGACGCUUGGACAACCAUUAUCCUAUUUUUUAUCUUCAUCUUCUUUAUGUUCUUCAUCAUCAUCAUCAUCAUCAUCAUCAUCAUCAUCCAUCUCGUCGCCUCCAGCCGCGCGCGGCUCCGUGAGGAAGAGCCGGACGUUCCGGUCCACCAAAGGAGCUUCGAAAGCGCGGCGUGAUUUGAUUAAUGCAGAAAUACGGAAGCUGCGCGCGCUUCUACCGAUCAGAGCCGUGGACCGCGAGCGUCUCUCGUACCUGCACGCGAUGUCCGUCAUCUGCACGUUCAUCCGGAAAUCCGUGCUGCUCGCGCGUGAUGCAGUGUGUGUCGGUGGUGGUGCUGGUGCUGGUGUGACUCCUGAAUGUGAAGAUGUGUUAAAUGCACUUCCUGGGUUUUUGGUAGCGAUGACCAGUGAGGGGAAACUACUGUACGUCUCAGAGAACGUGUGGCACUACCUCGGCCUGUCCAUGGUGGAGGUUCUGCAGGGAGACACAUUUUACAGCAUGAUCACAAACAACGAUGCAGAAAAAGUCAAGAGUUACCUGCAGGAUGGGAACCUACACACAGAGAGGAGCUGUGUAUGUUUAUUCAGGACUAAUAGACAGUCCUGCCCCCUGCUGGUCAGGUUGCGUAUGUUCGACCCUCAGCGGCAUCUCAUUGUGGCUCUGUGUUCACCUUUACUUAGAGAGAGGGACAGCUUUACCACCACACACACACCUGAUAUGAGAUACACACAUGCACAUUACAGUGUGGAGUUAUAUUUGGGUUAUGAAACAGAGGAACUAAUUGGUCGAUCCUGGUAUAGCAUCAUCCACCCUGAUGACCUGUUAUUGAGCGCCAAAAAACACAAACAAUUAAUGCACUGUGAGCAGGUAGACUUGGUGCUGCGAGUGCAGGACAAACAGCUGAAUUGGGUUUGGCUCUACAUCAUUGCCACCAGAGACACAGAGAGUCACAGGAUCACUUGCUCCAAUUACAUCAUCAGUGAAGUUGUGGCUGAGGAUCUGAGACACAAACUCAGCGCUGUUUCGUCAGUUUCUUCUCCUCCAUCCCCCAGUCCUCCAGUCCCCCAGAGCUCCCUGCGUUCCAACAAGAGACCAGCAGAGGUCAGUGCUGAGAGCGGGAGAAGGAAAAACAGACGAGUGUCUACAGCAGCAUCAUCUUCUCUUCCCUACAGCCAUAAUUCCUCCUUCUCUUCUCCAGAACAGGAAACUGCAAACAUAGACUUCCUGUUCAGCUCUUCAGCAGUCUGUCCUAUUUACCCCUCCCCCUCUCAGAACAUCCAGUGGCCCAGUUUUGACGCCAGCUUUUCGACUCUGACACCAUUUUGCUAUCACACUGAGCUCAGUGUGUCAGAGGACCACGCAGAACUCCCUAGUGUGUCUGACAGCUUCCUGUACCUUGAAGACUUUAAUUCAUUUCCUGCAUUAGUGACAGGAAGUAGUAGAACAUUCCAUGCCCCAGAGGAUUAUGGGUGGUCAGGUCUGCUGACUCCACCCCCCCCUGCUCUACGUUACAGUGAGGUGGAGCAGGCUGAGAUCAGCAUCCUUGCUCAGCAGAUCUCCUCUCUGGCCAGCAGCUUUGAUUCGUACUGUAUUAAAAGCUCCACCCAUCAUUGUGACCACACUACUGGCUCUCAGUCAUGUGACCCUGAGGCCUUCUUAUUGGAUGAGGAAGUGAUUGACAAUGUAAUGCAGCUUCCCAGGGUUACGUUGGAGGUUCAGUCUCUAGAAGCUCUGUUGGAUUUAGAAAAGUGUUCAGAGGAUCAACAACAAGAGUUCAGCCUUUAUUCACACACACAGCAAGACGGGUUUUGUGAUGAAUCUCUCUAUUAAAGUGGACUGUGUUUGUGACUCCACCUCCUCUUUCUGGGAUUCCAUGGACCAGGUACCUUGUCACGUUUCCAUGGAGAACAGCGGUUGCCAUGAGAAUGUCCGUCCUGUGUUUUCAAUUAUAAAUAGUAAAAAUAAAUAAGGAAACUAUUAUUAAUGAGUAACACUACCUCUGCCUCCAUCACCAGUUUACCCUGAUCACACACAGCUUUAUUUUAAAUCCAAUCUUCAUUAUAAUAUUCUCAUCUUCUUGGCAGCUGAAUUUAUUUUAUCUGUAUGUUUAACUGAAUAAUUAUACACAAUUUUAAACCUUUGUUGUAAAUAAAUUACAGUGUGAUUUUAUUUUUCUAAAAUUAAUAAAGAUACAAAUAUAAAACAAA